UAAAAAUGUAUUAUGUGUAUUUGCAUUGAUGCAGAAUUAAUUUCUUCAUUGUACAUUCUGAGCAGAUCAUAUGAGAUUUCUCAAAAUUAUUGUUUCAAUAUUGCAAAAAAGUUUUCUUUCGAUUUUAAUUAAUUACAUUUUCAAUUUGUAAGAAUGCAAAAUUUUGGAGAAAAAAGAAAAUGCUAUAAAAGAAAUUUAUAUUGGAUAUAUACAAUAAGCAGAGUAUAUGUUUAUGCAAAUUCAUAUUUUUAUGAAAGAAAUAUAAGGAUGUAAAGUAUGAACUUAUUGAGAUUGAUAGUAGCGUUCCUUUUUUAAAUCUGCCAUUUAUAGAAAACAUCGAAACUCUCUCGAUGACAUUAAAAGUAGAAUAAUUUCUGUCUUCUUAGGUAUUUUGCAGAUUAUUAUCAAAUUAUGUCCUGUGCAUCUUCUUGUGACAUUAAUUAAAUUAUUCGCUCGUUAUACCAAUUUAAAUACAUUUACAAUAGAAUCAUUAUGCUAUCUUUGUUACUUUUUAAUUUAGUUCUACUUUGAAGUUUUAUAUUUUACGAUGAACGACGUCACGAUUAAUUCAUAUAGCACAUAUUUUAUAGAAGAAUUAAUAUAUACGUUUAUUUAUCUUAAAAUCUUUAAUCUAUGUGAAAUGUAUAUUUUUUGAAUUUGGUACGAACGGAAUUACGGUAUAAAAAUAACGACCAUAUUUUUACUUCUGUCACGAGCUAAAGCGCUUCCAGACUCUCUCUCUCUCUCUCUCUCUCUCUCUCUGUCUUUUUAGUCCAAUUCAAAUAUUGGUAACGAUAUCAGCGCACCAAUGAGCAAUGGAAACGUAAUUCAAACCUUUGUUUUCCAAUAUGAGCGAGAAUUUGUUUCAGUCUCCGUAGAAAAAUAUAUUAGAAUAUCAAAGAUUCCGCUUUAAGUGACACGUGUCAUCAUCAUUUGUGAUAAUUUCACGUAUUUGCACGUGGAAGGAACAUCAUAAUUUACUUUAUGCUAUAACGAAUUUUUUAAGAAAUAUCAUUUAAACGGGUAUAAUUGUGUAUGAUAAAGGCCUAGAAAAAAAUCAAUGUUGUUUACAUUUUAAUGUAUGUAUGUACAUAUUAAAAUGCAGUGGCCGUCUUUAAGUCUUAUACUUUCUAAAGUGUUUUUGGCAUAUAUUAUUUAUUCGAUAUAUACAUUAUCUUUAUUAUUUGUUGUACCUUUAUGCGAAAAUGGAAAGCCAUGUCUGACUUCUUAUCUAUACAAAAAUCCACAAUUACAGUUAUACAUAUAUAGUUCCGUAAUGAAGCGACCACCAGAGAGAGAAGUUAAUUCUUUAUAUAUGCAGGAAAAGUUUGAUUAUACUCAAGCACAAAACAUGUGAGCUUCAUCAUACAUGUUUAUUAUAUGUUCUCUUUCCAUAGAUCUUCCCCAUAAAACGCAACAAAAUGGAACACUAUUUCUACAUGUGAUAUUGGUGCCUACUUUCCAAAAACAAUUUAAAUCCUUUAAAGAAUUGCAAAAGGAUAUAUUUAUGGCAAAUACUGUUAUAGAAUUAACACAAUAUUCAGUACCUGAAGCUAAAGUUUUUAAUUUAUUAGGAGAACAAGAUGUAAGUGCAAGAAAAAAAGAAAAGUAUGUUCAUCCAAUAACACAUAUUAAAAGCAAAGUAACAUUUACAAUAAUGACAGAAGAUAUUAAAUUUCCUAAAGAUGGUAUACCUGUGGAACUUAUACAUGAUUUAAGGAUAUUAAAUGGUAAUAUAUUUUUACCGAUUAUUAAUUAUGACUUUUUACAAACUCGACAUCAUGAUCUCUUACAAAUAUCACCGCAGAAUAAAACUGUUAAUAUUUCUGUUAUGUAUACUCCAAUAACUCUUGGAAAGUUAAGAUUAAUAUUGCAUGUUGAAGAUGCUAUGCAGAGUUUGAAAAAUCUUGGCUUUUCAGACAAAGAUAUAGAUGAAAUAAAAGGAAUUUUUGCGGAUACUAACAUAUACUUAUUAGGAGGUACUUUCUUCAUUGCAGCCAUUCAUAUGCUAUUUGACUUUCUUGCUUUCAAAAAUGAUGUAAAUUUUUGGAGAAGGAAGAAUAAUCUUGCUGGACUGAGCAAAUGGACAGUAGUAUGGAGAGCUUUUAGUCAGAUAAUAAUUUUCUUUUAUUUACUAGAAGAGAAUUCAUCUUUACUUGUGCUUAUUCCAACUGGAAUAGGCACCAUUAUAGAGUUAUGGAAAUUGAAAAAAAUAUUAAGAGUAAAAGUGAUCAGUUACGGUGGUAUUUUUCCAAGAAUACAGUUUAAUGAAGAUAAUAUCAAUGUUGCUGAGAUGAAAACAAGAGAAUUUGAUGGUGAAAGUAUGCGCUAUCUAAGCUAUUUGUUAUAUCCACUAGUUAUCGGUGCUGCACUUUAUUCAUUAAUUUAUCAACAUCACAAAAGUUGGUAUUCCUGGACGAUAAAUUCUCUAGUGAAUGGUGUUUAUGCAUUUGGAUUUUUAUUCAUGCUUCCACAACUUUUCAUUAAUUAUAAAUUAAAAUCUGUAGCUCAUUUGCCAUGGAGAGCUUUCAUGUAUAAAGCAUUUAAUACUUUCAUUGAUGACAUAUUUGCUUUUAUUAUUACAAUGCCAACAGCUCAUAGAAUAGCAUGCUUCAGAGAUGAUGCUGUUUUUCUUAUUUAUCUUUAUCAGAGAUGGUUGUAUCCUGUUGAUAAAUCACGUACAGAUACUGAUACUAUAACAGAGGAACCUGUUGUAAAUUUCAAAAAUUCAACGAAAAAGAUACAUUAAAAAACAAUCAUUAUAUUUUCUCUAUCAAUAUUAUUUAAAUGUGCACAAAGUGAACAAUUUCGAAAAUAUCAAUAUAAUAAGAUUUUAAUCUCUCACGUUUGGGUUUACAUUAUAAAUAAAUGUUUUUUGACUUACGAGAGAAGAAUUCGGAAAUUUAAACAAAUUAUGAAAUUUGUAGAAUAUGCUGGGAAUUUCCUUCUAUAAAAAUAUCCUUCAAAUUUCAUUUUUCCUUUUUCGUUUUUGGCUUCCACUAAAACCAUUACAGAUAUUGAAUCAUUCUAUAAUUAAACUAAAAAAUUUAUACUUUUCUGGAAACAAUUGCAAAACAAUAUAAAAAAAAAGAAGUUAAACAAAUUUGGAAUUUUUGUUUUUUUUAUAAAUAGGAAAUGUUUUGUUAUUUAAAACGUUAAUAUGCUUUGUUAUUAUUUUUCUCUUUCAGUUAAAAAAGAAAAAAAAGAAAACAAUAUUUUUGAAGAUUAUGAUAUUUUUUGUUUUUAUUUUUUAUUUACUAAUGAAAAUAGAUAUCAAGAGACUUUUAAGACUGUUCAUUAUUUCUGAUUUUAUAAUGGUUUAUUUUAUAAUAUAUUUGGAUGAAUAAGGUCUCAUUUUAAAGAUGAAGGUUCAAACGAGAACUUGUCUUUUUCCAACUUUUGAAAAAGCUUUGUUAAUUUUUUUUUAAAUCGUAUCAAAAAUUGUUCUCUCGACAAUAGUUUAUGUAUAAGAAUAAAAGUAUUUAAAAAAUUCGAAAAAGGCGUGUGCUCGUCUGAACUCAUUGUUAACGUAAAUGCUGUUUACGACAUUUUUCAUGAAAAGAAAAUUCCGUAUUGUGGCAAUCUUUGAAUUUUGCAAAAGGAAAAAUUCUACCACUAUUAUUGAUUUUCAUAUAAAUGCUAUAGUGAUAUACGUUUUGUUUUUGUAAAAGCAAUGUUUCCUUGUUAUGUGUCUUAAUAUAUUCAGAUAUUUUAUUUUUUCCUUUUCCAAACACAUUUCUUCGUGCAUUUCACAGAAAAGCCAUGGUAACUUAUGCAUUUUAACGAGUUUUCGACUCAUUGCAUCCUAAAAUAGUUCAGUACUUCGUGCUAAUGGGUCUUAUGAAUAUAUAAUUUUGAUAUAGUUUUAUAAUUAUUUAAACGAUGUAUAAUGUACAUGGGGUAGAAUAAACUAAUAUUUAAACAAUA